CUCUUCCAACAUUCAAUGGAUUCUAUUUGCCCUAUUGGGUCGCGGUGUGCCACUCAAAUCUCUUCUCUUCUCACUCCUCCCUCACCUCUUCAACUUCAGGAAUAUUAUCACAACCUUUUGUCUGCAAGGCAAUGCAGUGGUAUCACAGUCAAACAGGAUGUCAACUUUGGAAAAGGUUUAUACGCAGACAAGGACUUCAAAGAGGGGGAACUUGUUCUAAAGGACCCCAUGUUUGUAGGGGUUCAACAUUCCCUCAACAAGAUUGAUUGUUUGGUUUGUAGCUUCUGCUUUCGUUUUAUUGGUUCCAUAGAACUUCAAAUUGGAAGGAGGCUUUACAUGCAGCAACUAAGGGCCAAUGAGAGUCAUGGUUGUGACGUGGGAAGCUCUUCAAAACACUGCCAUGACAUGGAUUCAUCUGAUGAAGAGGAGAGCACCCAGCAAUGUACUUCUGGUAGUUCCAAAACUAAAGUUCCUCUCCCUGAAGGUGUUGUGGAAUCAUUGAUGAAUGGUCAAUUGGUGUUGCCUUGCUCCGAGAAGUUCUCCUUGCCACCAGCUGUUCCAUGCCCUCGUGGAUGUGGAGAAGCUUACUAUUGCAGCAUGUCAUGUGCAGAGGCUGAUUGGGAAUCCUCCCAUUCUUUACUCUGUACUGGUGAGAGUUCUGAUCCAGCUCAUAAGGAGGCACUCCUUAAAUUCAUCAAACAUGCUAAUGAAACAAAUGAUAUAUUCCUCCUUGCUGCAAAGGCAAUUUCUUCUACCGUAUUAAAGUACCACAAGUUAAAAGAAGCCAGUGUUGAAGAGCAAGUGAAACACAAUACAUCAUGUGUUUCUAACCACAAUAAAUUAUCUUUUCUUUUGGAAGCUUGGAAGCCUAUAUGGAUGGGACACAAGAGAAGGUGGUGGGAUUGUAUUGCUUUGCCAGAUGAUGUUGAUCCUUCUGAUGAAGCAUCAUUCAGGUUGCAAAUAAAAGAGUUGGCAUUUGAGUCUCUCCAACUUCUUAAGACAGCCAUAUUUGACAAGGAAUGUGAGCCAUUAUUCUCCCUUGAAAUCUAUGGGCAUAUCAUCGGCAUGUUUGAGCUGAAUAAUCUGGAUUUGGUUGUAGCUUCUCCCGUGGAGGAUUACUUUUUAUAUAUCGAUGAUUUGACAUAUCCUAAUAAGGAAGAAGUUGAGAAAAUUACGCAACCAAUUCUGGAUGCCCUUGGUGAAAACUAUUCUAUUUAUUGUGAAGGAACUGCAUUUUUUCCUUUGCAAAGUUGCUUGAACCAUUCCUGUUGUCCUAAUGCCAAAGCUUUCAAAAGAGAUGAGGAUAAAGAUGGCCAAGCAACAAUAAUUGCGCAGAGGUCCAUUUGUAAAGGAGAAGAGAUAACCAUCUCAUAUGUUGAUGAGGACCUUCCAUUUGAAGAGAGACAGGCAUCCCUAGCAGAUUAUGGUUUCAGAUGCAGGUGUCGAAAGUGCAUUGAAGAAGAGCCAUAAUGUUAUGAGUACUUGUAAAAAUUCAUGCAGAACUCAAGUGUUUUAUAAGACAAUGAGGCUUUCUUAACUUAGUUGAUAUGCAGAUAAAAGAACUGAAAUGGAAUUGAAAGGGAACAAUUAUUAGGGAAUUUUGUAGCUGUUUUGUUUUUUGAGUCCACAAUUACCUGCACGCCACACUUGUUACACCAUCAGUUAUUUUAUAUCUAUAGCAACAAUAGGAAUGUAUUAGAAGAAAGAUAUAUACCCGACUCUUGAGACUAUUGAUCAUUUUUAAACUGAUCUUGUUCUCUUGA